UCUGCUCAGUUUCUUGAAACUUCUACGUGCUACGCUUCUGUUAAAAACAGUGAUCUGCGGUGAUCUGAUUAAAUUGGGUAUAUACACCGAAAGGGAUUGAUCUCGCUAACAAAAUUUCGGUAAGACGAUGAACGAGUGGGAUUUUCAGCGAUGGGACGAAGCAAAUCCUCGGAGCCGGAAGAGUCGGCGAUGGGUUUUAAAGACAAGCAGAAGGCCCUGGACACGCUGAAGGCUCUGGACGGUCGAGAUAUCAGUUAUCAGUACCACGUGAUCGCUAGUUUCGUGGCCCGCGCGAAAAGAACGCUGCAAAUCACCAGGGACGAGGAGAAGCUGGCCAAUCUUCGCGAGGCGCUGAAAGUGUUCGAGGAUUGGCUAACUGACUAUAAGGAGAACAAUCGCAGCAGGGAGAACCACGCUUACUUGCCAAUCGAGACUAUAAAAGCUUUCAGGACCCUUGCCAAGAAAUAUGACAUUCUGGAGGAUGAAUUCUAUAGCGCGUACAAGAAAGAGAGGGGCGACUACAAAAGUCUGCGGGCCGUUAAGACUCCGAGCGGGGAGACCACUUGGGAUAUCGAGAGAAAUCGAAGGCUGAAGCAGAUCGUCGAUAAGAUCAAACAGAAGCACAUACAAUGGUACGAGACCGACGUCGGUGACUUCCGUGGACUUCCAACUAAGGAGCACGUCCAGUGCAUCAUGUUGGGCUAUAGUCCAGACCCGGCUAAACUGAAGAAACUCGCAGUCCAGGUGGAGGAGAAGUUUGGAUCCGAGGAUAACGAGGACAUGGAGGUGGACGAAAAUGCCAAGAACAAAGGUGUGAAAAGAAGACAUAGCGGUUCGUCCAGCGACGAGGUGGAGAACGACGAGCCGGAUAAAAAGGUCGCGAAACCGUCACCUGAAGGAGAAAAGACUGAGAAAGAGGAGAGCGGACUCAGUUUCAAAGAUAAGGCGAAAGCUUUGCAGAGUAUCAAGUCGUUGGAGGGUAGAGACGUAAGUUAUCAGUACCACGCGAUCGCUGGCCUGGUGAAAAGGGCCGAGCGAGUGAUGUCGUGCACAAAGGACGAGCAAAAGAUCAAGAACAUGAAAGAAGCCGUCGAAGUGUUGGAGAAUUGGAUCACGGAUUAUAAUGUGAAUGGUCGGGCAAAGGAGAACUUCAAUUAUUUGCCCAUCGAUUUGGUGCAAGCCUUCGAGCCGUUGGCCGACAGAUAUAAGAUCGAGGAUAAUGGAUUUCUUAAAGCGUACAAGGAAGUGGAGGGGGACUACAAGAAGCUGAGGAACGUUCAAGUUCCAGACAAGAGUAUCACGUGGGACAUAGAGAGGAAUAAGAAUCUACGAAGUCUAGCAGACCGAAUCAAGGAGAGAGGUAUUCAGUGGUACGAGACGGACGAAGAACUUCGGGAUUUGCCCACCGAAGAGCACACCCGAUGCAUAAUGUGGGCCUUCAGCCACGAUGUUGGCAAACUGAAGAAACUUUUACCUGCUCUGGCUGAGAAGUUGAAGUCUUAACCGAGAUUAUCAUACGAAUCGUGCAUCUGCAACUUAUAUAUAUAUAUAUACGCUUAAGUUACCGUCGCAUGCGCAAACGAAUUUUAGUUUUACUUUUGUUCAACGACACUGAAGUAAUAAAGAUAAUUUAUUUUCACU